UGGAGCCAAGUGUCAUGGAACUCAUAUUCUUGAUGAAGAGAAACUGAGAGGACACACUGGCAUUUGCUAUACGUGAACUAAGAUUGACUCAUUUUCCUAUGUCAAAACUGCUAUUUUGCAAAUAAAAUUACUAUCCUUUAUAAUAUUAUUUCGUUUGCUUAUUGCUGUGCUCUUUAUUCUUUCGUGUUUCAGGUAACCACUAACAAAAAGUUUAAAAGUCGACUAUGUCCAGAAUGGCACUCUAUAAUUGAAAAUUUAGGUGAUUUUUCCGAAGUCCUGUUGGAAGCACAACUACCAGCAGUGUGAUCAGGCUCUCCCUCCCACAUUUCCCUGCUAGUCAGGACAAGAGAAGCCCGGGGGUGCUGCUGCAAUAGCGGUGGGAGUCGGAGAUAGGAUAUUACCCGCUUGACACUGCACUUUUGCUACGAAUGAUUCACUCAGGUUUGGCACAUUUGUUGCAAGGAAAUCUCCUCCUCCCGCCGCUUCCUUGUUCGAGCUCCUCUCGGGCUGUCUCCUGUGCUUUGGCCUUUAAGGAGAAGUGAGAGCAGGUGGGCACACAGGAGCUCGCCGAGUCCUCCUCCCCCUGCUCCUUCCCUAAUUUAGCAGUACUUCCGGCCGCGUGACAUCAUCCCCCGCACCUCGGUGACGUGAGCUGCGGGUGACGUGUGUGCGGAGAGAAGCGCGCUGACGUUGCUAUUUAAAGGUCCUCCUGCGGGGAGGAUGGAGACACAGCGCGAGCACCUGGUGUGGGGCGCGGAGGAGGCUGUGGCGGCCGGGAGCGGGGCCAAGAGCCAGAGGAGGAGCAGAGCGCACGGCCAGCCAGCCGCCGGCCUCUAGGGGAGGGGGGAAAAGAAGGACGAACGGACUGAGGGCCUGCCGCCGGCCCAGCUCCCCACGAGGGCCGCUCGGCCCCCCACCAUCAGCCUCUCCGCCGCCUUGCGGCUGCUGCUUUCUCCCGCGGCCCGCUGCUCGCAAGGCCCGUCGGGCUCCCGGGACCAGUCCGCGCCCCAGCCCCCGGCCGCGGCUCCGCGGCGGCCACCGCCUCCCGUCCCUUCCCGCGAGCAGAGGGAGGGACCGCCCUCGCUCCCCGUUCUCUCCGCCCCCUUCCCGCCCCCCGCAGCCCACUCUGCCGCCGCGCUAGCCUCACGCCGGCGGCGCUGACCGGGAAAGCAGCACCCUCUGCUCUGCCAGCCGGCCGGCCGGUGGAGGCGGAGGCAGCGGCAGGCUUCAGGCCGCCGGGGCUGGCGCUGCUCUGCCCGGCGGUAGCCGGAGGCGGGCGCUGAUGGAAGUGUGAAGAGGCGGCGGCGGGGCCCGGGGAAUGUGAGGCGGCGCGUGGCGGCGGCGCGGAGCGUGAGAGACGAGGAGCAGGGGUGGGGGCGCUGGAGCGGCGGCUGCGCUUCGGCUUCGAGCCCAGCUCUCCUGAGCCCAGCUCUCCUGGCCCCAACGCGGGCUUAGCCUCCCGCCUUGGCUCGGGCAGGCGCCCGUCGACCCUUCGGCCCCUUUCGCCCGCCCUGGAUCUGGGGGCAGGGUGCCAGUGGAAGCGUGGGGCUUGGCUCUGUGAUUCAUUCAUUCUCCGCCGACGGGAGCCUCAGACCCGCUGUGCUCUGAAGAGAGGAGGGAAGAGGGGGCAGCCGCGAAUGAAGGGCCGGGCACCAGCCGGGCUCCAUUGUGCUCGGCGGCGGGGGGCGGGAAGGGGCUGAGGGAGGUGGGAUCGGGCCCCCUCCUCCAGCUCUCCGGCGUGCGCUGCGCCCCCAGCCUGCUGCCAGCCUGGAAAUGGCUCCGUUUAUUCUCUUCGGGAGAAUGAAUCGAUCCUGCCUAGCCUUCUCUUCGUCCUCCCCACCUCUUCUCUGCUCCGAGUCUUAGGAGGAGAAACAUUUAAAAAGACAAGAUUCCAAUGUGGAGUGCCGUGCAGGUUGCGAGCUGCCGGGUUUGCACUUCGAGGAGAUUUUCCUAUGUAGUUUUUUUCCUAAUGUGAGCGCAGGGAAGCCGUGGCAUUACUGCUUUUGGGAUUUUUAUUCACGUGCACGUCGCGUUUGGUUGCUCGCUCCACCCCCGGAGACCUGGUGUGGUGGAGAAAUUUGAACCCGCAGCCUUAGCUCCGAAAAGGCCGAGUUACCUGGCUCUCCCUGAGUGUCGAGGAGGACAUGAGUGAAAUGACCAGCGAACUCAUUUUUUAUAGGACUCGGUGAAGCCGGAUUCUGCAUUUCCCUACUUGUAGACUCAUUUUGUGGAAUAGAGUUGAUCGCUGUCUCCUCCGCAAAGCAUUUUAACUCGAAUAAGCAAAUGCCGCCUCUGUUUGAACGUUUUGGUAUUUACAAGAGAGAAAUCAUUUUACCUAAGAGAACUAAUUGAAUUGGCAGCAUCCUUGAAAUACCUCCGGACAAGGAUCUGGGGGUGGGGGUGGAAAAGCAACUGCGAAAUAGCAGACGGAGAAAUUCCUUUGGAAGUUAUUCCGUAGCAUAAGAGCUGAAACUUCAGAGCAAGUUUUCAUUGGGCAAAAUGGGUUUUUAUCGCUUGAACCUGUGAGGCGGAGGUUGCAGUGAGCCGAGAUCGCCCCAUCGCACUUGAGCCUGGGCAACCAGAGGGAAACUCCAUCUCAAAAAAAAAUAAAUAAAUAAAAGUUUUUAAAAAUUUGUUCACUUCUCUGGGAACAACCUAUCUUCAGCACUCGAGCUCAUGUCUUCCAAAUUGACCCAAACACAAAGAAGAACUGGGUACCCACCAGCAAGCAUGCAGUUACUGUGUCUUAUUUCUAUGACAGCACAAGAAAUGUGUAUAGGAUAAUCAGUUUAGAUGGCUCAAAGGCAAUAAUAAAUAGUACCAUCACCCCAAACAUGACAUUUACUAAAACAUCUCAGAAGUUUGGCCAGUGGGCUGAUAGCCGGGCAAACACCGUUUAUGGAUUGGGAUUCUCCUCUGAGCAUCAUCUUUCGAAAUCUUUAUACAUUCAGUUUGCAGAAAAGUUUCAGGAAUUUAAAGAAGCUGCUCGACUAGCAAAGGAAAAAUCACAAGAGAAGAUGGAACUUACCAGUACACCUUCACAGGAAUCCGCAGGCGGGGAUCUUCAGUCUCCUUUAACACCGGAAAGUAUCAACGGGACAGAUGAUGAAAGAACACCUGAUGUGACACAGAACUCAGAGCCAAGGGCUGAACCAACUCAGAAUGCAUUGCCAUUUUCACAUAGUUCAGCAAUCAGCAAACAUUGGGAGGCUGAACUGGCUACCCUCAAAGGAAAUAAUGCCAAACUCACUGCAGCCCUGCUGGAGUCCACUGCCAAUGUGAAACAAUGGAAACAGCAACUUGCUGCCUAUCAAGAGGAAGCAGAACGUCUGCACAAGCGGGUGACUGAACUUGAAUGUGUUAGUAGCCAAGCAAAUGCAGUACAUACUCAUAAGACAGAAUUAAAUCAGACAAUACAAGAACUGGAAGAGACACUGAAACUGAAGGAAGAGGAAAUAGAAAGGUUAAAACAAGAAAUUGAUAAUGCCAGAGAACUACAAGAACAGAGGGAUUCUUUGACUCAGAAACUACAGGAAGUAGAAAUUCGGAACAAAGACCUGGAGGGACAACUGUCUGACUUAGAGCAACGUCUGGAGAAAAGUCAGAAUGAACAAGAAGCUUUUCGCAAUAACCUGAAGACACUCUUAGAAAUUCUGGAUGGAAAGAUAUUUGAACUAACAGAAUUACGAGAUAACUUGGCCAAGCUACUAGAAUGCAGCUAAGGAAAGUGAAAUUUCAGUGCCAAUUAAUUAAAAGAUACACUGUCUCUCUUCAUAGGACUGUUUAGGCUCUGCAUCAAGAUUGCACACACACAAAAAAAAUUGAAUAUCACUCCUCCAGGAGGAGGAUCUUUUGAAAUUGGAAUUGUAUAUUUCACUGUAAAUUUUAGAAUCCAGCUUGUAGCUAGUUGGGGAAAAAAGAUGAAAAACUUGAACUACAAAUUACCUCCAUGUAUAUUAUUGGCCAUAGUUAACUAGAAAGUUAUAAAUAGACACUUAAUGCAAUCUUUUUUCCUGAUAUUAGCUAAUGGGAGAAUUAACAAUGUCUAGGUCACAUCCCCUUUUUGUGUUCAACACAGUGAAGAUUAUCUGCUUUUUAAAUUAAUUUAUUUACGAUAUCUAGAGCUGUGUUUUGUGCAAAAACUUAGUGAUGAAAGCCUGUCUUUUGUUGUAAUCUGAAUAAUUUCUCAGGAUAUUUUUGCACUGCUGAGAAGCAGUGCCAUUACCAAUUAAUUCUUGCCAGGAGUGAGAGAGAGCUGUAUCUUUAAUUGAAAUAUACUAUAACUGGGUGUAUAGAGUUCUUCCCUUUUUUGUGCUGGAAGAUAUUUCACUCUGGUGACUACUCUGGUACACUCUGGUGUUCUCUAAUCUUGUCUGUUGUAUAGUUUACUUUUCCAUAUUGAUUCCAUGUAUUUAUGAGAAGAUAUUGUCUCCCAUUUUAUUACACAUUUUAAAGCCAACUAACGAAGGCAGCUGAGUCCCUCAGAAAUUUUUCUUUUUAAAUUUCUAAUAAAUUUGACACACAGUACUGAAAUACAGCAGCCCGUCAUUGACAGGCUGGUCUAGCAAUGUUAAGUAUAUUUACAGAAUAUGCAGUUAAAUUUAUUUAUAUAUUUUGCAAGAAAUCUUUUCUGAAUGAUCAAUGCAUUUCAAUUUACGAAUAAUAAUGGUUAUUGGGGAACUGUUUAUUAUAGAUAAUUUUAAGGUGUAUAGCUAUUUUAAAGGGGGUCCAUUUACAUCAAACAGCCGAUCAGAGGACUCUAUCUAAAUUGUGAUCGUGGCAGAUAGAGAUGGAGUCAUGUACUCUAUCUGGCUCUACACAUCAAUCACACCUUGAUUCAAACCUCACAAGGCAAUAUUCUGAACUGUUAACUAGGUAUUUGAAAACAGGAAUUAAAUUCAAUAGGCUCUUCUCAGUGAACAGGUUUUAAUGUUGUUUUGAUGUAAUUUUAAAAGACUUUUAGCAAACAUGCAUUUCUUUAUAUGAUAUAUUUCUUUUACGAAGCUAUUUUAAAAGUAAGCCAAGUGCUGUCUAGUCUGCUUAUAAAGUAGGAAUUGCAUCAGAGUACAUAUAUUCUUGCUGUACAAUGCCUGUGAUGUUGAGGAGGGCUCUUUUUUAAAGUGUAUGCUUGAGUAACUGACUCUAUGGAGUCUAUAAAUGCACUGACUUCUUGUUUGUACCCCAAAAUGAUCGAAUUGUUAAGUACAAAAUUAAGCUAAUUAACCAAUUUGUAACCAUUUUUUCACUCAUAAACAGCUACUCAAUACUAGACAAUUUUGUUUUUUAUGUAUGUGUAUGUACGUAAAUACAUACAUAUUAAUUUACAUUAGAGUGAAAAAUAAAUGGUUUGUUUCUGAAGUUAGUUUCUAAAGUGAGUUUUCAGGUGUCUCUGAAAAAUUUAUAACAAUCAUGUAUUAUAUGUGCUGUAACAUCAUGUACGUUACCUCCAUCUAUUUUAGGAUAUUUUCCUCACCUAUAUAUUAUAGGGAGAAUAAUUUAGAUACACAUGCUCAGAGCUGAGAUAUUUCUCUGAUAAAUCAGGUAACAAAAUGUAUUUGAUUGAUGGAAUUUUGAAGUAAAUGUGAUUUUAUCCAUCAGUUUCUGAGUAACAAAGAGCACCAAGUUUUAAUUUAAAUAGGAGAUUUAACACUAGGGAUCAGGGAGUUUAGUAUGAAGAGUUAAAAAAAUUUAAAAAACAGUGUAAGCUGUUGAAAUGGCAAGUGAAUUAUUUUAAUGAUGUAAUAAAAUAUUUUUAAAUUUUGACAUAGUGAUCAUUUAAUGAAAAAACUCACCAAAAUGUCUCCAUUUGAAUUGUAUUGAUAAUGUGGGACAUAUGUGUGAUUCAAUAUAUACAUAUACCCAUAUGUAUAUACAGAAAAUUAUUUUUAAUACUUUCCUACUGAUAUGAAAUUUAAAAUUGGAAAUUUUGUGAGUGUUUUUCUUGUCCAAUAGAGCCUAAUUGUUUCCUUUUUUAGUGAUUUAACAAUCUCUUGAGGGCUGCACCUUUAAAUUCCCAGAUUGUCAAUAGACAUGUACAGUAUAUGGGAUAAGGUGGACACAAGUGCACAUAUAAAUAAAAUCUUCUUAAGACUUUUAACUAUUCAUUUACAGUAGGAGAGUAUGUAGAAAUCAUCAUCCACAAGUCAUAAUUAGGUUGUGUGCCUACUGUAGUUUUUUCCAUUUCUGUAUUAUAUAAACAUUUGCAUAUUAAAAUUUGAUUUUUCCCAGAGACAAGUAUUAUAUACUGUAUCUAUAUUUAAAUCAAACUGUGGUAAUAUAUUUCUCAGAAAAUAAUGUUGGGGACUAUAGCCUGAACAUGUGGACUUGAAGCGACAUGGAGGAGGAGGUUGAUCCCAUUGUGUAUAAGUUAAUAUGUGAUAACUAUUGAAUCUUGUACAAAAACAAAAAUUGAAAAAAAAAAAAAGAAAAGCAAAAAUACAGUUUUUAUUUUGAAAUACAUUUGUUCUCUGGAGAAUGUACUUUAUCUUUUUUUCCUCCAGUCUUUUACAGAUAUUUAAAAGCAUUUAAAUGAUGACAGCAUUUACUUAAAUCUUUCAGGUGCUACUGGAUUUUGCAUUAGUGUGUUAUGUUGUGAAAUCCUAACUUUGACAUAAAAGGUUUUAUAAGUAUUCCCCUGCCUGGAAAAUUAGUUUUUGUUCUCCUCUCUCUCUCUUUCUCUUUUCCACUUUCUUUCUGCAGACUAAAACAUGCUCACGAAGUUGCAUCUCUCCUUGUCUCCGUAGAAGAUCUCCAGUACCAUCAUAGAUUUGAUGUUCUGCUGUCAUUGAACUGUUGGGAAGCAGUUAGAGGAAAAGCUCACUUUUUUUUUCAGGUGGAAAUAAAAGGAACACUCAAAAUUAAGCCAACACCACCACUACCUUUAAAAACUAGUUUAUUUGCCCUGUUAAAAUUAAAUGUAUUCUUUAACAUGUGG